AUGCGCAGGAAACUUGAUGGCCUAACUUUUGGUGGUCUUGAGCCCCGGGCUCACUCUGGAGACCAGGUCAACCAGGGCACAUUUGACCAGUUUCUCGACCACACAAAUACUUCCAAGGGCACUUUCAAGCAACGAUACUGGUGGAAUGCUGAGCACUGGGGCGGCCCGGGUUUCCCUGUUUUCAUGGUGAACGGAGGCGAAACCAACGCCGGCAGGCUGACAGGUUAUCUGGAGAACGGGACGCUGGCGAGUCUCUAUGCUGAGACGCAUAAGGGCGCAAUUAUCCUGAUCGAACACCGAUACUAUGGCGAAUCCUGGCCUUUCAAGACUUCGACAGCGGACACGCUGCAAUACCUGGAUGUGCCACAGGCCAUCCGCGACAACAUCCACUUCGCCCAAACUGCUGAUCUUCCAUUCGACACGAACAAGGGCGCCAACGCGAAUACAUCACCCUGGGUAUUGGUUGGGGGCAGCUACGCCGGUGCGCUUGCCGCGUGGACAUCGGUGGUCGCGCCCGGUACAUUUGCCGCCUACCAUGCCAGCUCCGCCGUCGUCCAGGCCAUUGAAGACUUUUGGCAGUUCUUCACUCCCAUCGAGCAGGCCAUGCCGCAGAACUGCUCGACUGAUAUCAAGCUAGUAAUCCAGCAGGUCGACCGCGUGCUCGAUAACGGCACUGCACAGGAGGUCGACGCCAUGAAGCAGAAAUUCGGUCUCGACACGCUCGCGGACCACGCCGACUUCGCGUGGUACCUGCAGAAGCCCAUCAUCAUGUGGGCCUACGACCCGAGCAAGGUUUUGGAGUUCUGCGACUGGAUCGAGACGAGCACCAACGACGGCGAAGUCAUCGAGGGCCGCGAGGAGUCGGGCGUCGGCCUGGAGGCUGCGUGGACCGGCUACACGUCGUGGAUGCAUAAGAGAUACAACGAACAGUGUCGGGAGGAGGAGUCUUGCAACCUAUAUGGCAACGCCGUCGGAUACAACACGCCCGAUGACCUAGAUUGGUCGCGCAGCUGGGUCUGGCAGCUCUGUAACGAGCCCCUAGGUUGGUGGCAUACGGGACCAUCGUCGUCCAACGGCACCGGGCUUGUGUCUUCAUACGUGCAUCUCGAACACCGUAAGCGCCAGUGCGACCUACGCUUCCCACAGACCUCUGGCCACAAGCCGGCCAUAUCGAAGGGGAUCACAGUUUCCAUGUUCAAUGAGUGGACCGGGGGAUGGAACGCCUCCUACGAGAACGUCCUAUUUAUUGACGGCGAAUUCGACCCUUGGAAGUCGGCGACCAUGAGCUCGGACUACCGUCCUGGCGGCCCGUCUGAGAGUACCGAGAAGGCCCCCCGGCUGGUGGUGGAGGGAGCAACCCACGUUCCGGACUUCCGGCUCAGCAAGCUGAAUGCCAAGGUUGUCCAGCAGGAGGUAGAGAUCAUGGGCAAGUGGAUCGAGGCAUGGAAGCCGAAGGAGGCGCUGUGA